CUGAGGGAGGCCUAUCUAACUAUAGUGAUAUAUAAAUACAUAUCAUGAUGAGGAGAUUGAUGAAGAUACAAGAAAUUUUGAGAGAAAACAGAACAUAUAAGUAAGAGAUGGCAGAUCUAUUUUUGAAACAGGCAAAGGAAUAUGCAAAGGCAAGGCCAAGCUAUCCCACAGAGCUCUUCCAAUUCAUAGCUUCAAAAACUCCCUCUCAUGAACUAGCUUGGGAUGUUGGUACCGGAAGUGGCCAGGCUGCUAAACAUUUAGCUGCUAUAUACAAGAAUGUGAUAGGGACAGACACUAGUGAAAAGCAGCUUGAAUUUGCAAUCAAGCUACCCAAUGUGAAAUACCAACAUACCCCACCAAUAAUGUCCAUGGAAGAGGUUGAACAAAAGGUAGCAGCUCAAGGAAGUGUGGACCUUGUGACCAUUGCACAAUCCCUACACUGGUUUGACCUGCCAUCAUUCUACAAACAAGUGAAUUGGGUUCUCAAGAAGCCUCAUGGGGUCAUUGCUGCUAUAUGUUACAAUGUACCAAGAGUUAGUGAGGAAGUGGACAAGGUGUUUGAUCAAUACUAUGUAGAUGUUUUGAGUCCCUAUUGGGACCCUGCUCGGAAAUUAGUUGAAGAUAAUUAUAGGAGCAUUGAUUUUCCAUUUGAGCCUGUUGAUGGUGCUGAUCACACUGGACCCUUUGAGUUUGUGUCAGAGGUUACUAUGGAUUUGGACAAUUAUUUGACUUUCAUAAGAUCUAGUUCAGCAUAUCAAACGGCUAAGGACAAAGGAGUGGAACUUCUUGGACAGGAUCUUGUUCAAAAGUUUAAGGUUGCUUGGGGUCAUAACGGUCCAAGGGUUGCCAAGUUUCCGGUUUUUGUCAAAAUUGGAAAAGUUGGAGACGCUUGAAACUAUUUAAUUUACUUAGUUUUGCGCGAAAAUUCUAAAUUUCUUGUGUGAGAAUGAUAGUUAAAAAUUAUUAGAUAACUUUAUGCGAGUAAUGAUGUAUCAAAGUUAAUUACUUAUUAAGUAGCAAGUUUUAUAUAAUGAAUCCAUUAUUGAUCUUUGAUUA